GCGAGCCUCGUGUUCUCCUAGUGCCAGCGAGGAUCCCGAAGGAUACAGUUCUGUUCGAAUCAUGGAGACGAAGAUGGAGCCGCUGACACCUCCGCACACGCCGCCCACGCUCGACAGAUCGAUGCACCAGCAGCAGCAGCAGCAGAUGCUCUCGUCGCCCAGGUGGAUCAGGUCCCAGCAAUUGACCAGCAGAUUCGUGCAGCAACCGACUGGACAAAAUGUCGGCUACCAAGCAGCGUUUCUGGAUAACUGGCUGAGAGGUGCUGCGCUGCUGGCCGUCAGGGGUUGUUGCCCUCAGACCGCGUCCACGCAUCCUUAUCAUCAUCAGGGUCAUCAGGGACUGCAUCCCGCGCUUCCGGUACCGCCUCCCGCCUCCUUUCUCGCCAGGAGAUUGCCCGGACAGAGGCCCAAGAAACAGUUCAUAUGCAAGUUCUGUAAUAGACAGUUCACCAAAAGCUAUAAUCUGCUGAUUCACGAGAGGACGCACACGGAUGAGAGACCUUACUCCUGCGAUAUCUGCGGGAAGGCGUUUAGGAGGCAGGAUCAUCUGCGGGAUCAUCGGUACAUCCACAGCAAAGAAAAACCGUUCAAAUGCAGCGAAUGCGGGAAAGGCUUCUGUCAGAGCAGGACUCUGGCCGUGCACAAGAUUCUCCACAUGGAGGAAUCGCCGCACAAAUGUCCUGUCUGCUCCAGGAGUUUCAAUCAAAGAAGCAAUCUGAAGACGCAUCUUUUGACACACACGGACGUGCCACAGGAUUUGAGGAUGGAAACACCGGUCGCGUCGGAAUCCAGGAUCAACGCUUCUACGACCGUCAGGCAGAUGGCGGAGAGGGUGAGUGGACUGAUCCCGAUUCAGAGGACCAGCACCACCACCCCUAAGCUCGGUUUCAGUAUAGAAGACAUUAUGAGACGUUAAGGGACUCCUUUGUCCUUUUUGUUGUCGACAUUCUCACUCUGCUGGAGUUAGUGUGCUUCGUUCUUAAGGACGACUCUUAGAAAAAUCAUAGCUUCGUUGCACAAGUUUCUUUUUGACUCGGCGAUUCUUAGAUUUGCUUAGUAUUCUUCUUUUGGGUAAUUUGGUACGAUUUUAAAUACUUAACUGAGUUUGCUGGUAAAUUCAAGCAUAGUUCUGGGAUUGGAAUAGUUUCGGGUUUCAAGAUACAGUUUAUUUCUUCUUCAGGACAGCGUUUUUGAUUUUGAAGAUCGGUUUUUGGUCGAGGAUUGGUCGUUCUGAAUGAUCACUUUUUUAUUGGAGACUUCUUAGGUUUUGGUCGAGGAUUGAUCAUUCUGAAUGGUCAGUUUUUGAUCAAGGAUCCAUUGGUUUUUGAUCAAGGACUGAUAUUCUGGACAAUCAGCUAUUGAUCAAACCCAUCACUAGUUCUUAAUCAAGAAUCGAUCCGAAGAGAAAGAUCAAUUUUUGGUCAAAGAUCACUUUUCGCAAAUCCGAGAUAAUUUAACUCAAAAGUUUAUAAUAGUUAUUUACAAUUGCAGGGUGAACUAUCUUUCAUGUCUAACACGCUAGAAGUCACCCAAUCAGUUCUUGAUCAGGGAUAGAUAUAAACAGCAUCAAUGUUUGAUCAAAGAUUGAUUACUUUUUACAGCUCUGAUUUUAUUAAUUCCAAACUUUAACAGUUACAGUUAUUUAUAAUUCUACAAGACAUGUAUCUUGCGAGUCAUUUCAUUUUUUCUUGCCUUCAAAAUUUAACCAUUGUACGAAAAUGAUUUCCCGAACGAAUAUGAUUAUCGUUUUCUAACGAAGCACACUGAUCUCGAAUGUAUCAUACGUCAUGUUGUAAAUAUGGCUUCAUUUAAAUUAUUCGGCGCUGUUUAUCGAAAGAAGGGGAUGAUCCUGGCGUUUCAUCCCCCUUCUUCUUACGUGUAAAUAGUCGUGUAUCGAUAUUUAAUUGUAAAAUAAUAGGAAAACCCUUCGUAAAGCUACGUUUCGUACAAUUUCCGAGUACCUUCACAUUAUUUACAAUUAAUUAUCUCGACAGUUAUUUACAGUAUUCUAUUGUUAAACAAUACGGUUAUUACGGUUUAGUCGAUCCUCUAACUCAAUUUCUUUCUGUCUCUCAAAAAUUGAAUUAAGUUAAAUUCAUUUGAAUAG